CCACAGCGCUAAAGCGAGUCAGUGUUCAUUGGGAGUUUGGUCAUGUCUGGUCUGGUUGGAAUCCGCCUGCUGCUUCUAUGGGGCUGUGGCUGCCUCUGGCUCACCAGCCCAACAUCUGGAUCACUGGUCAUCUUUGAGGACACUGAAGCUCUGGAGGAAACAACAGGACCUGCCAAAUCGCUUCAGAAAAGAAGUACAAAUGAGGCAAUGGUGCAAGUACACAGUGUGACUGUGGAGUGCACUGUAAUGUCCCGCUUUUCCCACACUGUCAUGACCUCCGUAGCUCUAAACAAAGCCAACACAUCACAGGAAAUCUUCUUCGAAGUGGAACUCCCCAAGUCUGCCUUUAUCACAAAUUUCAGCAUGGAAAUUGAAGGGAAGGAGUAUAUGGGACAGGUGAAGGAAAAGGAGAAAGCGAAGAAACAAUAUGAGAAGGCUGUUUCAUCUGGACAGACUGCAGGAUUGGUCAAGGCCUCUGGGAGGAAGAUGGAGAAGUUUUCCAUGUCAGUCAGCAUUGCAGCUGAAAGCAACGUGACAUUUGUCCUGACCUACGAGGAGCUCCUUCAGAGGAAGUUUGGCCAGUAUGAGAUUCUGAUCCGAGUUAAGCCCAAAAGCCUGGUGCAGCAGUUUCAGAUUUUGGCCAACAUCUAUGAACCUCAGGGCCUGUCUUAUGUAGAUACCCAUGCUACUUUCCUUUCCAAUGAGCUUCUCCCCCUGGUCGAGAAAACAGUCAGUGACAAAAAGGCCCACAUUUCUUUCUCACCAACUUUGGAUCAGCAAAGAAAAUGUCCAGAUUGUGAUGGAUCACUGAUAGAUGGUGAUUUCAUCAUUAAGUAUGACGUGAACAGAGAAGGACGCCUUGGGGAGAUUCAGAUUGUGAAUGGCUACUUUGUGCACUUUUUUUCUCCCCCUGACCUGCCCAGAGUACCAAAGAAUGUGGUGUUUGUGAUUGACAGAAGUGGGUCGAUGGGAGGCACAAAGAUGAGACAGACACUAGAGGCAAUGGUGACCAUUCUGGAUGACCUCCAUGCGGACGACUACUUUGCUGUCAUCCAGUUUGACGACGUUAUUUUAACUUGGAAGGAUUCUCUUACCAAGGCAACCAAGGAAAACGUGGCUGAGGCCAAGAGCUAUGUCAGAAGUAUCAGAGCCAAUGGAGGUACCGAUAUUAAUUCUGGAGUACUGCGAGGGAUAGAUAUGCUGAUCAAAGACAGACAGGAGAAAAAAUUACCUGAGAGAAGCAUUGAUAUGAUCAUUCUGUUGACAGAUGGAAUGCCAAAUUCUGGAGUGUCUCGCAUCCCUGAAAUCCAGGAGAAUGUGAAAUCUGCCAUGGGAGGAAACAUGUCUCUUUUCUGUCUUGGAUUUGGAAAUGAUGUGGACUACAACUUCCUGGAUGUGAUGAGUAAACAGAAUAAAGGAGUGGCUCGCAGAAUCUACGAAGCUUCGGAUGCAGUGCUUCAGCUCCAGGGUUUCUACGAUGAAGUGUCCAGCCCACUGCUCUUAGAAAUUGAUCUGCAAUAUCCAGACAAUGCAGUUGACUAUUUGACCACAAGUCACUUCCCUCAGUUGUUCAAUGGCUCUGAAAUUGUGGUAGCAGGUCGGUUGACGGACAACGAUCUGGACAACUUCCUAGUGGAAGUCAUUGGCCAGGGGCUUGAAGAGAGCUUCAAUGUGCAAGGUCAGGCCUCCAUUGUUGACUGGAAUGUGAUUUACCCAGAUGAGAGCUACAUCUUUGGAGAUUUCACGGAGCGUCUGUGGGCUUACCUCACCAUCCAACAGCUUUUAGAAAAGAGUAAGACUGGUACAUCAGAUGAAAAAGCCAACUUUACAGCUAAGGCCCUGGACAUGUCCCUGCAGUAUAGCUUUGUUACACCUCUUACCUCCAUGGUGGUUACCAAACCUGAAACAGAGGAUGGUCCAGACAGCCCUCUCAUCGCUAACAAGCUGACAGAAGAGCAAAGACAGCAAGCAGAGAGGGCGAAACCGAUAACAAUGUACCACAGAGUUGCGACACAACUGCAGGGGGCAGCUUUACAGGCUAAGCAACUACCGUAUGCUCCUGUGUAUUUUGUGGAUGGAGAUCCCCAUUUCAUGAUAGAGCUGCCUGACAGAAAUGACUCUUUUUGCUUCAACAUCAACAAUGUACCAGGAACCAUUUUUAAUCUCGUCAGAGAUCCAGAAUCAGGUGUUUUUGUAAACGGACUGAUAAUUGGAGACAAGAAGAUUCCGGCAGAUGGGAAAAUAAACACCUAUUUUGGGGGUUUUGGUAUUAUCCAUGCAACUUUGGGGGUCAGGCUGCAGGUGACCACUCAGGCUUUUUCAGUGUUACAGGAUGGCAAAGAAGUCAAACUGCUGUGGACGGAUACGGCUUCUCUGAAAGGACCUAAUGUGGAUCUUCUUGUAACCAAAGAUCGCAGCCUGAAAGUGACACUAAAGGGCUCAGUUAAGUUUGUCAUCCUGCUCCACAAAGUGUGGAAGAAACACCCGUACCAUCAAGACUACCUAGGUUUCUACACCCUGGACACUCAUCUUCUGUCCCCUUCUGUUCAUGGCUUACUAGGUCAGUUUUAUCAUGGGAUUGAAUAUGAAGUGACACGCUUGCGGCCUGGAGAAUCCCCGGAGAAACCGGACGCAACUAUGUUUACAAAAGGACACCAGCUCACUGUGACCCGAGGCUGGCAGAGAGACUUCAGAAGGGAUGUGAAGAACGGUGAAAAUGUUCCCUGCUGGUUUGUUCACAAUAACGGAUCAGGCCUCAUUGAUGGAGAAGCAACAGACUACAUUGUGCCUGGCCUUUUUACAGCUUUUUGAAAGCAUAUACGGCAACCCUGUGCACUACGAAUGUGAUAAAACUCAGAUUCAUUAAAAACAAAAAAUUCUGCUUGACA